AUGGCGGCGGCAACAGCAUCUUCCUCGAUCUCCUUCACCGCAAAACCUUCUCAUCCCUCCUCUUCCAAAUCUCCUCUUCCCAUUUCCAGAUUCUCCCUUCCUUUCUCCCUAAAUCCCCACAAACCUUCCUCCCGCCGCCGCAACCGCUCUCUCUCCUGCUCCGCCGUUCUCAACUCAGCCGUCAAUGUCUCAACUGAUUCCUCAUCAAAACCCACCGGAACCAAGCAAUUCACCUCCCGAUACGCCCCAGACGAGCCCCGAAAAGGAGCUGACAUCCUCGUGGAAGCCCUGGAGCGUCAAGGAGUCGAGACCGUCUUCGCCUACCCAGGAGGCGCGUCGAUGGAGAUCCACCAAGCCCUAACCCGCUCCCCCACAAUCCGCAACGUCCUCCCUCGCCACGAGCAAGGGGGAAUCUUCGCCGCCGAAGGAUACGCCCGAUCCUCAGGGAAGCCUGGAGUCUGCAUAGCCACCUCCGGCCCCGGAGCGACCAAUCUCGUCAGCGGAUUAGCCGACGCGAUGCUCGACAGCGUCCCUCUCGUCGCCAUCACAGGACAAGUCCCUCGCCGGAUGAUCGGCACCGACGCGUUCCAGGAGACGCCGAUUGUCGAGGUAACGCGUUCGAUUUCCAAGCACAACUACCUCGUGAUGGAUGUUGACGACAUCCCUAGGAUCGUAGAGGAAGCUUUCUUCCUAGCGACCUCGGGUCGACCCGGACCCGUAUUGGUUGAUGUACCUAAAGAUAUCCAGCAGCAGCUCGCGAUUCCGAAUUGGGAGCAGCCGAUGCGUUUACCUGGUUACAUGUCGAGAAUGCCUAAACCUCCGGAGAGUUCUCAUUUGGAGCAGAUUGUUAGGUUGAUCUCUGAAUCCAAGAGGCCUGUGUUGUACGUUGGUGGUGGAUGCUUGAAUUCGAGCGAUGAAUUGUGUAGAUUUGUCGAACUUACUGGGAUCCCUGUAGCGAGUACAUUGAUGGGGCUUGGAUCUUAUCCUUGUACCGAUGAUCUCUCUCUGCAUAUGCUUGGAAUGCACGGGACUGUGUAUGCUAAUUACUCUGUGGAACAUAGUGAUCUGUUGCUUGCGUUUGGGGUUAGGUUUGAUGACCGUGUGACCGGGAAGCUUGAGGCUUUCGCUAGCAGGGCUAAGAUUGUUCAUAUUGAUAUCGACUCUGCUGAGAUUGGGAAGAACAAGACGCCUCAUGUGUCUGUCUGUGGAGAUGUGAAGCUUGCUUUGCAAGGGAUGAAUAAAGUUCUUGAGAGCCGUGGAGAGGAGCUUAAGCUUGAUUUCGGGGUUUGGAGGAGUGAGUUGAAUGAACAGAAGAAGAAGUUUCCGUUGAGCUUCAAGACGUUUGGUGAUUUGAUUCCUCCUCAGUACGCGAUUAAGCUCCUUGACGAGCUAACCGAUGGGAAGGCGAUUGUUAGCACCGGUGUAGGGCAGCAUCAGAUGUGGGCGGCGCAGUUUUACAACUACAGGAGACCUAGGCAGUGGUUGUCGUCGUCAGGGCUUGGAGCUAUGGGUUUUGGACUUCCCGCUGCGAUGGGAGCGGCUGUGGCGAACCCUGAUGCGAUCGUUGUGGAUAUUGACGGAGACGGAAGCUUCCAGAUGAAUAUACAGGAGCUGGCGACGAUCCAUGUAGAGAAUCUUCCGGUGAAGAUAAUGUUGUUGAACAACCAGCAUCUUGGGAUGGUUAUGCAGUGGGAAGAUAGGUUCUACAAGGCGAACAGAGCUCACACGUAUCUUGGAGAUCCGGCGAAUAAGAAGAAGAUAUACCCAGACGUGUUGCUGAUUGCCGCGGGUUAUGGGAUCCCGGGGGCGAGGGUGACGAAGAAAGAUGAGCUCCGAGAGGCUAUUCAGACCAUGUUGGAUACACCGGGGCCGUACUUGUUGGAUGUGGUUUGUCCGCACCAAGAACAUGUGUUGCCGAUGAUCCCGAGUGGCGGCAGUUUCAAGGAUGUCAUUACGGAAGGAGAUGGUCGGACCAAGUUCUGA